GCCUGGCGGUUGCUUCCUGUAACCAGUUUAAUUUUGUUCUCAUGUAUUUGCUGGUCCCGUCGCAUCGUGCUCCGCUCUUGCUAUGUCUAGUUUACGACUAAUAUGAAGUGAAUCCCGAAAGUCGAUAUGCAGUGCUGUUUUACCCUAAGGCAAAAUAUUUGAUUCGUUUCGAAUUCGAUGAGAGAUCCAAGCUUGACAUAUCGAUCCAUUUUGUUUGAAACUCAACCGCCUCUGAUUUGAUCAAGCGCACGCGUUUUUCGAUCAUGGUACUAUGACGGUGGGAGAAAGGAAUGCAACCUCAGCUCCUGCAUCUGAAGAUUAGCCUCUCAUCAGAUACCAUACAGAGCCUUUGCCUCAUAUGCAGUGACAAGCUCGGCCUAUUUUAAUUAACCGGAUAACAAAUUGACGGCGCUUACAAUUAGUGAAUAAAAUGGAGUGUUGUGUUUUGUGUAGAGUGCGCGAGUGAGGUUAAGAAGAGGAUCCCUGGUAAGGACGGAUAGGCCAGGGGACAACCAUUUAGCCAUUUCGCGCGAAUGCUAGCCGUGUACAAGAGUCGAUGAUGACCAUGUUCGGCACCCUUGUCCAGAGGUUAACUUCGCCGGUGACCUCUCCGACAAGUCCUCGUCGUCAAUUUAAAUCACCGUCCAGAUGGGAAGUUCAGAGCGAUCCCGAAGACGAAACCGUUAGUCCGAUGAGAAAGUCACGCGCCAACCAUCUCCUGGCAAAACGCAAGAGCAAAAGCAGGGCGCGUUGUCUCAACGUCAGCGAACCAAAGCCCUGUGCAAAUAGAUUGCCCUGGCAGGAUAUAGCUUUCCCACCACUACGUGGAACCAAAAGCCUUGGAAGACUCGAUGGCAUGAAAGAGGUUCAGAGGCUCGCCGAGUUCGAAAGGUAUCUGGGACAAGAAGCAAAAAAUCUGACAGAAAACGAAAAUUUAAUUGGAAGCGGACACAUCUUUCAACAAGCUCAACUGGAGGGAGAUCUUCAUCGCAUUCAAGAACUCUUCCCCGGAGACAACCUUCGAUUACACGAGCGAGAUGUCCUGACGACGAAGAUGAAAAGCCUGAUUCGCAAAAGAAGUGGAGCUAAUGUUGGAAGGCUAACGAGAGCCCUUUCUCAAAAAUCUCUGAACUUCAGUAGCAGUUUACUAGCUUCAAGCUCAUUUACUAGAGCCUUCCUCUUGGAAACUCCAGUUCAGUUCACUACGGGAAUGCAGUCUCAGGAGAGGCAUCUCUUCCUCUUUUCGGAUCUUCUGCUCAUAGCUAAGGCACGAAGCGGUGGUAACUUUAAGCUGAAGCAGUCUGUCAGAAUGAGCGAACUGUGGCUUACAGCUGGUCACAUAGAGGACGUUGCCGAGACAAACAAGUCACAAGAAACAAGCUUUGUUUUUGGCUGGCCAACCACUAACGUUAUUGCAACAUUUAUGACCGCUGCUGCUCGAGAUUUGUGGUGGAGACGUCUUACUGAGCUCGUGCGAGAGGAGAGUGCGAAGGAGCCACUGGAUACGAAUAUUCAAGUCAUAUAUCACGAUCAUGACACUAAUGCAGAAUAUUGCAAGACAAUCAUGGUGAAGUCGGAGAUGACGGCAACAGCAUGCGCGAAUUUGGUGUCACGCCUCCUGGAUCUACAGGGUCCGUUUCAACUGUGGACAAGGACAUCGUCAGCCGAAGCUCCAUAUCCACUGAUUGGCCAUGAGAGACCUUUCGCCAUAAAACUUUCAAAUUUACGGCACACAGUCUCCACGGAAGAAGGCUUUGAUCUGGAGCAUUGCAACAAAAGUGGCCAUGAUAACUGCCACUUUAUUCUGAGGCCGGUCCUCAAGUCGCCGAUAAAGAAGAAUAAAUCAAAAAUCACUAGUCUACUAAGGCGAUCUUUGUCCCUCAACCCUAGCAUUUUUGGGGUAAAUCUAUUCAGCCUUGACGAUAGUGGAUUACCAAAACCUGUUCUCGUUAUGUUGCAACAAAUUUUCGCAAAGGGGCCAUUCACUCAAGGUAUUUUUCGGAAAUCUGCGAACGUCAGGAUCGUCAGGGAACUCAGGGAUCAGAUUGAGUCGACAGGAGAUCUAGCCUGCUUGGAAGAUGCGCCAAUUAUUGCCGUUGCAGCAUUGCUUAAAGACUUUCUCAGAUCACUACCGGAGCCACUGCUCACCGCCCAUCUUUUCACUCAAUGGAUGGAAAGUCUCGAAGCGAGCAAUCCGAUACAAACGAUCAAGAGCAUCCUGGAUCGGCUGCCAAAGGCAAACUACAAUUUGCUCUCGCAUCUAGUCUGCGUACUGCAUCAUAUUGCGAGGCGAUCUAAGUAUAACCUGAUGUGCGCGAGCAAUCUCGGUGUCUGUUGUGGCCCCAGCUUACUGUGGUCGGCUAACCCUUCUGUCAAACACAGUCGUACGAUACCCGCUCUGACUGAGAUGUUAAUUCGACAUUGCGAGGUGCUAUUCGGACAAGGAAUCACGCAACUUCUCGGCGAGGAACGCAGCGAUAGUGGGGCUGAAGAGAGCACCGACAGCCUGCAUUGUGAGUUUGCUAAGCCUUUCUAUACAGUCCCGCUUCCGAUAUUUCUUGUGAAAAAGAAUCUUAGCGAUGCUGACCUUUACAAACGAUCGAUCGAAACAUUUAUUCGUGCCGUUGCAGCAGGUGGACUUUCUUUGGACAGUCUGGAAUUGACAGAACCACCACGUAAGGACCACAUGUCUCUCUCCCGAGACUCGGGACUAACGCUGUCUGAUUGCCAACUAUUUAUCCCUGAAUCGCCUGUCAGUUCAGAAGAGUCCACCGUCAAUGCUACCUCCCCAAGUUGUGACAAGACACUCGUCAGAGAUGACAAGUCUGCCAACAAGACCUACAUGAGGGUCUAUCGCGGCUGGGAGGAGAGGAUAAAUGAUUGCGCAGCAACUCAUUUACAGAACGAAAUUGAUACCUUUCACGACAAAGGCGUCGUCGGCUACCCCAAUCCCAACUUCCAAAGACAGGAUUGGCUUCGCGCCAAGCUUAAGAGGACACCGCGUACCAAGUUUGAGGAGCAUGAAAAUCGCAAAGAAAGCUUCAGUGAAAAGGAAAUCUAUGCUCGGGAGUACGAAGAGCUCAGAGACGACCUCGAGAACCGCAAGGAACUCGUCUAUCGUUCCUCGCAGAUGAAUGUUUCUCGGCAAGAUGCCUGUGCAGAGAGAAUCUCACUAAAUGAUUCUGAACCUGAUCCUGCCGACUCGCCUUUGCCUACUGAUCGCUACAAAUUCAACAAGGAACAUUUUAGUGAGUUUAAAGAGAUUAAAUCCGAAAUCUACAUCAAUCGGGAAUCACCGACGUCACAGAGUGGAACAUAUCAUUCCAGUGGCGAUAUUUACGAGUUCAAAAAGGUCAAGAGCGAAAUCUCCAGCAACAACGAGAGAUGCACUGACCGUUACGAGUACGAUAAGUCUAACAACAACUACGGCAAUCGCGAGAGUCCCAGUGACAUCUUUGGUACGAGGGAACGCUGCGAUAUAUACACGUUGAAGCCAAUUGACGCCAUCAAUUAUGGGAAAGAAGAUGUAGACUCGAGGAGAACUUGGCCUGAUACGCCUCCUCCUCUGCCACCCAGACUCAGGCAUUUACCGCCGGUUCAUAUGAGUUUAGAUGACAGACAUAAGGUUGCUGGUAGGUCGAGGUCACUUCCACCGCCGCCUCCUUAUCGACCUCCGCCUCAGCCACGCGCACCCAUUACGACAAGACACCUCGGCUGCAGUAGAUCUAUCGCCGUCGACGACGAGAGCUACGUCUGACAUUCGAUUUUAAGCGCGGAAACGAGAAUCUGCAGUACCAAGAGCCACGUCGUAGUCACGAGUGUCGAUCUUUCAGUCAUCGAUUUUGUCCCAUGGAACCUAGUCGAAAAUAAAACGCUUAUACGGCGUUAGCGAGAGAGAGGGAGAGAAAGAGUGAACGAGAGUGUGAUAUGAGUGACAAGCGCCCUUCUUCAAGGAUAAAGUUUAUCAUAGUGUGCGUUGUUUUGUUAUUAUUUAAAUAAAAAUUACAAACUCAAAUUCAUUCUAGUGACUUCGAUUAGAAAAUGUAACAUUGAAUUCAUUUUAGGACCGAGAAUUUAUUUGAUUCUUAUUUUUAGUAGAAUAAUUAUAAAAAGUAAUUGUCGAAUCGUUUAAUUUUUAAGCUAUUAAGAGCAUUUGGAAUUGAAUUAUUUACAUUAAAAUAUACAAAAUUGUUUGAUUUUCAAUUUAAAUUUCAAUCCUGUACAAUUUCAAAUUGCAAUCCUUCGAUGAUAAAUAAUUUUACAUUGAAGUACAGUAUCGUCCAGGAAUAUGAGGACAUCUAAAAACUAGUAAUUAAAAAAUAAUAAUUCCCUAUAAUAAUUUCCUAUAAUAAUUCCCUACAAAAUGUUAGAAAGUUUAUUAAAUUUCGCGUUAAAAAGUAUUUUUGAUUAAUAGAGACUGAGUUAGUGGGUGAGAACUCGAAUUUUCAUAAAAAAUGUAAAGGUGUAUGCAAGACAAAAAUCUCUCGGUGGAGCGGCGACUGCAGUUCGAUCUUUGUCUUGCGCAUGCCUGUACAUUGUCUAUGAUAAUUUGAUAAUAAGUGAAAAUUUAUAUAUAUUUUUGGCUAAUCUGAAAGAGGAGACUCCAAGGUUCAUUUGUAACAUUCAAAAUUUUACCUUUAUUUUCCUAGAAUUCACCAGGAAUAGAAAUGUAAUCAUUGUAUUUCGAUUUUUCAUACGUUCGACAAUUUUAAACUAGUAGCUUGUAAAAUUGAAUCUUUUGAAAUGAUAAAAUUUCAUUCCGAAUGAGAAGAAACAAUUUUGUAAAAUUCAUUAUUUCUUUUUUCAUAUUUAAAUUGUUCAAACUUAUGCGAAUUAAAAAUAUAAAGCCUUUUAAUACUUAAACAAUUAAGGAUUCACUGCAUUCGAAAUGCUCUAAAUAUAAUAUUUUUUAAUUUUGAUUGUUUUGACUUUGAAUAAAGUUGAUAUGAAAAUUUUACAUUCGUUAAUUUUAAAGUUCUUUUUUUAUAAUACUUCAAAUUAUAAAUUUUUCAGUUAUUUGCUUCAAGGAUUUAAAUGGAAAAAUCUGAAUAACUGGAAAAUUGUUUGAAAAUCCAGAAAAACCAGGAAGUGGCUGGAAGUUUUUAUUUUUCGUCUUGAGCAGCAAUCCUGGAUUAUAAAUGUUCACUUUUGAAAGAUGUUCAUUUUAUACAACUUAAUAUUUAAUUUUAUUGAAUUAUUUAAAUCAUAAUUCUAAGAUUGUUUGAAUUUUAAGGCCUGACUGACGAGUUCAUUGUCAAAUAUUGGAUUGUGUAAGAAAAAAGACGAAACUUUUUUCUGUAAAUAAAUAUUAUUAAAACUU